GCUGUGAGCAGUAAACUGGAAUGCUCUCCGUCGCGCACUCCUCAGUGUAGGAGUGCUCCGAAGCAGGACAGCUCAGCCUGCAUCUGCCGCGGGCUUUGUGUGCACUGGACGCGGAGCUUGGGAGAGGGGGAGGGUUAUCACUCCAGGUCCCAGUCAGUGGAAUUAUACAGCUAUAGCGGCAGUAUAUAUGGAAUUGCUUUUCCUCAUCUUCCUGUUUCUUCUCUAGACUAUAUUGCCCAAUCAAAUAGAAACUCCAAUUAUGUUCAGCAUCUCCCGCCUAGGGAUACAAGACCCUAAUGAAAGCUCAGUGUCUCCAGAUGAAAAAUACAAUUAUCAGCUUGAAACAUGCAAGAGCACUGCAGAGAGGAGAUGCUCAGACCCAGUAUGCUUUAAGGAAGAGAAAUAUAAAGGAAAUCUAUUAUGCUUCCUUUUUUUUUUCCAUGAAGAAUAUUUGAAUUAAGUUUUCUUUACCUCUUAAAAAAGAAUACCUGUUCUUGCAUAACGUGACUACACCAGAUAUUCUAAGAAAGCAGCAAGAAGCAAAAGCUGGAAAUAGCUAUUUCACAGCAGGUAAUCAUACCUCAGGAUGUAGCUACUGUACAAAGUUUAUACUUGGAUAACCCUGGAUGGGAAUAAAGGUGGGGGGUAACUGCCUGAAAAACCUAUUACUAUACAGGCCUUAGCAUCAUGAAUGGCUUUCUUCAUGAGGAUCUGAAGUUACUAUCUCUGAACACAUUGCACAGAAGAGCCAAUAAGAAUUUCAAAGAAAGCAAUUUCCACUAAGGGAAUUAAGCUACACAAAAGAAACCUUCACACAGAAACUCUAUCAGAAAGAAAAAAAAAAAUACAUAGGAAGCCAUGUGUUCUACAUAGUAACAGGAAGCUGAAUUGUUUCUGGCCCCCACUUUAAUGAGCUUGCCCACCAUGCUGAACCACAGCUGGAAUGUUCAUUGACAACAGCGAGCCUGAUCUGGAGGUGUGUGCGUCAUAGGAUUACUUGAAUAAACAGUGAAGAGCAUUUCCAAGGACUAAACAAGAGUUUAUAAGUCCCAUCCCCUCACCAGGAAAAUAAUAUAUGUGCAUUGGAUUUUCACUCACGCAAAAUUUACUCACAUCGUUCAAUAAGGUAGGAAGUCUCUUAUUUUCAUGCCUGAAAUUAUAAAGGCUAAUUAAUACCUAAACGAGCAGAAGAAAUUAUAUUACACAAUAGAUCAGUCUAAAUCUAUAAUUCUCCAGCCAUGGAGAAAGUUGAAUCAUAAUCUAGAUUAGAACUUGAAGAAAGAUAAAUGCAUUGUAAAAACAUAUUGUGAGAUAGAAUAUAAUGAAAAAAAAUGUACACAAAGCCAUUAAACCAUGUAGUACAAAACAUAUAACAAAAUGGGAACAAAAGCAAGACCUAGUGUAACAUGAAAUGGAAUUUCAUUAGUUGGAUGUAUUAGCUAUGUAAUUCAUUCUUUCCCUAAAGUAGAUGAAGAAGAUUUCUUCUGCUUUUCUUGCUAGAAAUACCCAUCUAACAAUGUUUAAUAAAAUAAUAAAAGAAAAAGAAAUAACAUAAGUAAUGAAAGCAAACAAUUAGCUAUACUGGGAUUCAAGAUCUCAAAAGGGCUCUGAAGCUACCUGGUAUAAAGACCUCAACACUGCUGACCAUGAUCAGCCCAGCCUGGAGCAUCUUCCUCAUUGGGACUAAAAUUGGGCUGAUCCUUCAGGUGGCACCUCUUGCAGUUAUGGCUAAAUCCUGCCCAUCUAUGUGCCGCUGUGAUGCAGGUUUCAUUUACUGUAAUGAUCGCUUUCUGACAUCCAUCCCAAUAGGAAUACCAGAGGAUGCUACAACUCUCUACCUGCAGAACAACCAAAUAAAUAAUGCUGGGAUUCCUUCAGAUUUGAAAAACUUGCUGAAAGUAGAAAGAAUAUACCUAUACCACAACAGCUUGGAUGAAUUUCCUACCAACCUACCAAAGUACGUAAAAGAAUUACAUUUGCAAGAAAAUAACAUAAGGACCAUCACUUAUGAUUCACUUUCAAAAAUUCCCUAUCUGGAAGAAUUGCAUUUAGAUGAUAACUCCGUCUCUGCUGUUAGCAUCGAAGAGGGGGCAUUCCGAGACAGUAAUUAUCUCCGACUGCUUUUCCUAUCCCGUAAUCACCUUAGCACAAUCCCUUGGGGUUUGCCCAGGACUAUAGAAGAACUGCGCUUGGAUGAUAAUCGCAUAUCCACCAUCUCAUCACCAUCUCUUCAAGGUCUCACCAGCCUAAAACGCCUGGUUUUGGAUGGAAACCUGUUGAACAACCAUGGUUUAGGUGAUAAAGUUUUCUUCAACCUAGUCAACUUAACAGAACUGUCACUGGUGCGGAAUUCCCUGACCGCUGCACCAGUAAACCUCCCAGGUACAAACCUGAGGAGGCUUUAUCUUCAAGAUAACCACAUCAACCGGGUGCCCCCAAAUGCUUUUUCAUAUCUAAGGCAGCUGUAUCGACUUGAUAUGUCCAAUAAUAACCUAAGUAAUUUACCUCAGGGUAUCUUUGAUGAUUUGGACAACAUAACCCAACUGAUUCUUCGCAACAACCCCUGGUAUUGUGGGUGCAAGAUGAAAUGGGUACGUGACUGGUUACAAUCACUACCUGUGAAGGUCAAUGUGCGUGGGCUCAUGUGUCAAGCCCCAGAGAAAGUUCGGGGGAUGGCUAUCAAGGACCUCAACGCAGAACUGUUUGAUUGUAAAGACCGUGCAGUUGUAAGCACCAUUCAGAUAACCACUGCAAUACCCAACACCGUGUAUCCUGCUCAAGGACAGUGGCCUGCUCCAGUGACCAAACAACCAGACAUUAAGGGCCCCAAGCUCAUUAAGGAUCAACGAACCACAGGGAGUCCAACAAGAAAGACCAUUGUAAUUACUGUGAAAUCUGUCACCGCUGACACAAUUCAUAUCUCUUGGAAACUUGUCCUACCUAUGACAGCUUUAAGACUCAGCUGGCUCAAACUGGGCCAUAGCCCAGCAUUUGGAUCUAUAACAGAAACAAUUGUAACAGGGGAACGCAGUGAAUACCUGGUCACAGCCCUGGAGCCUGAUUCACCCUAUCGAGUCUGCCUGGUUCCCAUGGAAACCAGUAACCUCUACCUAUUUGAUGAAACUCCUGUUUGUAUUGAGACUGAAACUGCACCCCUUCGAAUGUACAACCCUACAACCACCCUUAAUCGAGAGCAAGAGAAAGAACCUUACAAAAACCCCAGCUGGCCACUGGCUGCCAUUAUUGGCGGGGCUGUGGCUCUGGUGACCAUUGCCCUUCUUGCUUUAGUGUGCUGGUAUGUUCAUAGGAACGGAUCGCUCUUCUCAAGGAACUGUGCAUACAGCAAAGGGAGGCGAAGAAAGGAUGACUAUGCGGAAGCUGGCACUAAGAAGGACAACUCCAUCCUGGAAAUCAGGGAGACUUCUUUUCAAAUGUUACCAAUAAGCAAUGAACAGAUCUCAAAGGAGGAAUUUGUAAUACAUACCAUAUUUCCUCCCAAUGGAAUGAAUCUGUACAAAAACAAUCACAGUGAAAGCAGUAGUAACCGAAGCUACAGAGACAGUGGUAUCCCAGACUCAGACCACUCACACUCAUGAUGCUGGAGGACUCACAGCAGACUAUGUCUCGGGUUUUUUAAACCUAAGGGAGGUGAUGGUAGGAACCCUGUUCUACUGCAAAACACUGGAAAAAGAGACUGAAAAAAAGCAAUGUACUGUACAUUUGCCAUAUAAUUUAUAUUUAAGAACUUUUUAUUAAAAGUUUCAAAUUUCAGGUGACUGCUGCGAUUGAUGUAGUGGAGAUGCCUGAACACAAUUCUAUAUUUUAGUAUUUUUUAGUAAUUUGUACUGUAUUUUCCUUGCAAAUAUUGAAGUUAUAAACCAUUUACUUUGUGUUCUACUGAGUAAGAUGACUUGUUGACUGUGAAAGUGAAUUUUCUUGCUGUGUUGAACAAUCAGGACUGCAUUCACAUGAGAUCCUUGUAGUAUAAGCACAGGCCAUUUUUCACUUUGGUAUUAAUAAAAUGUAAAAAAUAAUAACUGGUUGAAUGAGAAAAAUUAAAUUUCAAAAAAAAUAUUUAUGAAUUAAUGUUCCAAUUAUUAAAUUUGUAUUAUCCCAGUGGUUUUCAAUAAAUCAAAAUAUGUGAAGUAAUGGGCAAUAUCAAACUUGCUGCAUAUCUCCAUUUUCAGUCUAAGAAAACUAGAUAUCCUUAAGAAAGCAAGUAUAUCUUCUGAACUGAAUACAUCAGCUGGCUUAAAAGGUGUGUGAGGUCUGUUAUUAACAACACUUUGAGAAUAAAGGACUUCACAAAAACAAUAAAGUAAGCAUGUCUCCAAGUUAGGGGAAAAACUUGUACUUAGAAUAACAUAAGAACUUAAACUUGAAUAGCAUAGUGAACACAGAUAUCAGAAUUGCAUUUUCGUUUUGCCUAUACCAUCCUCAUUUUUGAAAAGUGAACUCUAAAGAUAUAAUUGUUAGUGUUUAUACUGUUUUUUAUCACAAAGGAUGUCAAACCAACCUUAUACAUAUUAAAAAGGUAGCAUAACAAUAAGAAAUGCCCCUCAACAAUGCAGAGAAAGUAGUACUUUAAAUAAGUGAGCAUUUAAAAGAAAAAUAAAUACUAGAAAUCAAACUUAGAUUCUGUUUAUGUGAAAUGUUUUGACACUGUACAUAAAUGUUCAAUUUACUUUCACAACAAUCAAGAUUACUGCCCAUUACUAUCACUGUUUCCCAGAUAUUACAUACUGGUAAUGAACUUGUAACAUUUCUUUCUAGCUUCCUACUGAAUUGUGAGCUAUUACUUGUUUAAAAACCACAUCAUUUUCUGUUGCCAUGAUUUUUUUUUUCCAACAAAAAACCAAAGUGCAUUGUACGCCCUUUGGCCAGUCUUGUAUGUGCCUUGAUCCAACGCUACAUGUAUUCAGCUUCUAAAAUUCGACAAAUUUUUCAUACUUCCUUAAAUAUGAAAAAUUAUGGUCUUAUUGCUGAAUAAAACAAAAAAAAGUACAAAAUAGUUGUGCUUGCUUUUUCGGGAUUAUGUUACUAUCACUAAAGUAGCAAAUUG